CGAGCUUCAUCGCUGAAAUGGCUUGCCUGCCUUCUUCUUGCAUUUCCUCUCAACUCUCUGACUGCAAUUGAAACACCAAAGAAACCUAAUUCCCAAUUGCCCUCUUUUAAUACUUUGUUCUAUUUCAUACCCGAAUUUUAAUUUCAGUUUCAGCGAUUCACCUCGAUUGGAUCCACGAAUGGGUCGUGAUUCUGCGACUUCUCUCGCCCCCGGAUUCCGAUUUCACCCCACCGACGAAGAAAUCGUUCGCUACUACCUCAGGCGCAAGGUGUGUGGCAAAUCCGUCCGGUUCAACCCUAUUGCCGUCAUCGACAUCUAUAAAUCCGAACCCUGGGACCUCCCCUGUCAGUCGAAGCUGAAAAGUAGGGACUUGGAAUGGUACUUCUUCAGUGGGCUGGACAAGAAGUACGGGAAUGGGUCGAAGACUAAUCGGGCUACGGAGAAAGGGUACUGGAAGACGACGGGGAAGGAUCGUCCUGUCCGACACAGCUCGCGAAUUGUCGGAAUGAAGAAGACCCUGGUUUAUCACAGUGGUCGAGCGCCGCACGGUACUCGUACCAAUUGGGUUAUGCAUGAGUACAGAAUGGCCGAUGAAGAAUUGGGGAAUGCAGGAAUAGCUCAGGAUGCUUUUGUGCUCUGUAGGGUUUUCCAGAAGAGCGGUACCGGGCCAAAGAAUGGAGAGCAGUACGGUGCCCCCUUUAUAGAGGAGGAAUGGGAUGAGGAUGAGGUGGCUCCGGUGUCAGGGGAAGGGGCUGUUACUGAUGAAGUUUUAAUGGGUGAUGAUGUUGAUGCUUUCGUUGAAACAAACGACCUUGAGCAGAACCUCGAUACGGACAUAGCAUCUGCUAGUGCUGCUGUUCCCGUCAACAUGUGUUAUGGGGAGAGUAGUAGCUACCCUGUACCUGAGUAUUCCCAGGAAGCCACUGAAGACCAGAAGCCCUUUGUAAGCAGGGGUGAAACUUGUGAGCCUCAAGAGGGUCAGUUCCUGAAUAUACCUGAGCAGCAUGCUGUGGACGGUAAAACAUCGAAGGAUGAAUAUAAAGCGGAAGCUUGGCAUGAUGGAAGUCCUCUUAACUUUAAUCAUUCACUUGAUGAUCUAUACUUGGAUGCUUUUGAUUUUCCUCAGAUCGGUGAUGGUUCAUUCCUGGAAACCAAUGAUCUUUUGAAUCCCAUUGAGGCGGAUCUUGAUACCAAGGACAUGCUGGAUGAGUAUCUUAACUACUUGGACGCUGAUGAUGAUAUUUCCAAGUUUAUAUCUUUUGAGUCUCCUCAGAUUAAUGUAGAAUCAGUUCCUGACCAAGGACUGCCUUUCAUUCAGAAUGUGGAUGAGGAACCGAACAUGGCAUGCAAGCAGAAGUUUGAUGAAGCACCUUGUAGUGAUGGAGCUUCCUCUUCUAAGCAGAAUCCUGAAUUGUCAAAAUCAGUACCAGGUGAUAUGAAUCCAUUGACAAAAAGGGCCAGUCGCUUGUUGGACAGCAUCCCUGCGCCUCCUGCCUUUGCUUCAGAGCUUCCACCCAAAGACAUUGCUCUUCGACUUCAUUCUGCUGCUCAAUCUUCCAAUCAUGUAACUGCAGGUAUGAUUAGAGUAACUAACAUUACUCUUAGAGGUAACGGGAUGGACUGGACGCUUGGCAAGAAUGGAGGGUUCAACUUCGUGAUCUCUUCUGAUUUUUCUCAACCUAGUUAUAAUUCUGAUGCGCUGGUCCCCGUUUCUGGCUUUCUAUCUGGCAAGAGUGCCUGUUUGGUGUCACAUUGCUGGUUUUUCUUGAUGCUGUUUUCGGUUCUUAUUCUUUCACUGAGUUGCAAGAUUGGGAGUUGCAUGUAUGCUGCCGGUAAAUGACACACGGAAGGCUGUGUAUACGAUGCAAUAAGCAAUAAGCUGCACUCAGCUGAUUGUUCUUUGGUAUCAGUGAUACAUUUAUCGAGUGACUAGGAUCUUAAGACGCUGUAGAAUUCUCUAGUUAAAUUUUGUCAGACUGACUGCUAGCUGAUGUGUUGUUUUGUAUAUCUUCAUUGUAAUUUAUACAUAAUUGACAUUCAUAUUUUGGUUUCAGGAUGUCAAAAGCUAUACUAGUAUUUGGUUUAUAUAGUACAUAAUAUACAUUAAUUUUAUAGGUUAUUUCCGCCUCAA